UAUUUUUAGAGGGAUGACCUCACUGUCACUUCCUCUUUAAUAGUUUGAGCAGCUUGUAAAUAACGUUAUCUUAUCUCUGUGCCUCAGAUGCUGCUGUCUCAGGACAGACUCUCCAUGCAGGUGUCUCCUUGUUUAAUUUCCUCUCCCCAAAUCUGUGUUCAUUGCUUCACCUCUUCACCUCUGCAUAUCCAGAGAGACAAAUACUGACUUGUUUUUGGAAAGAUGAACUCAUGUUGUAUCUGGAUAAUGGUCUAAAUCGAAUGGCUUAGUUUGAAGAACGUCACCCACUACUCUUCGGCCACCUUCCCAAAAGAACUGCUCAACUGCUCCUCAACACAAACUAAAUGUGGCAUCGUCAGAGCACAAUGGAGAUCCAACAACACCAAUGUCACGCCUGUGAAUGCCUGCGUGGGUCACUCAGCAUGACAUCAGCUUAUGUCUCUAAAUCUUCAUCAAAAACACGCGAGUCAUCGGGUUCGUUACCCGCCACGGCUAAAGAGAUCUCCCUCAUUAAGUCCUUUAAGUAGCGAUCUGUAUGGGAGAGUAGGGGGUGAAGAAGAGGAGGUGAGUCUGGAGGGCAGAAGCAGAAGAAGAAACCUGGACCAACAAACAGUCAUGUUCUCCUUUGAGGGUGAAGGAACACAAGAACAUCUUAUGGAGUUUUCUGCGCUUUCUUCUUCUCUCUGAUUUGCUGUAAAGCUUUGGGGGUUGUCUGGUUGAGGUGGAAGCCAUCUGGCUGGAGCUUUAUUUGGAUUUUCGUCCGUGAGCCUUUGUCUUAUACUGUGACCACCUGCAUGGGUAAGACAACUGUGGAAAGGACAAACAUGUUAAUGUUGUGUGUGGAUUCAUUGUGAUAAGUGGCCUGGAUAAGAAUCUGUAUAUUAUGUUUGAGUCAGUUGUUUUUCAUCUUUCGCUCGUAUUCCCCUUUCCUCUCGAUGAGCAACACUUCAUCUGUGUUUAAAACAUUGUGAAAGAGUUAACUACGUCUGUGUGUCUGAGCCUUGUCUGACAGCUGUCCUUGUCCUUGGCAGGUCUAAAUCUGAGUUAUAGCCACAGGACCUGAGAUUGUGUGUCCCCCCCCCCGAGCAACACAAUAUAUAUAUAUAUAUAUUUUUUAAUGGUUUAUUUAAUAAGGGACAGUGCACAUUGAUAAAAACAUUGCAGUAAAUGUGCCAGAGUUAGCCAAGAGGCUAUUUUUCAUCUGUAGUCCCAAUAUAUAUAUAAUAUGAGCGAAGGAGAAAACGUUCACACAACACCUGGUUGAGAAGUCGUGCCGUGGUCAUCCCCUCCCAUCCUGAGAGCCCCGGUGUGUCAUGGAGUCUGUGGUGAGAGGGAAAAAGUUGCUGAAGCGGCCCAUCAGGAAGCUGACAAGCUGGGUGUCACGGGCAAAGGGGAGGACACUGCUUACCAAGCACAGGAACAAGAGGGGCAGAGGUCGGAGAGGAAGAGGAGGAGGCAAGCGGUCGGAGAAGACCCCUUCUCUUCGAGCAUCACCCCCCAGAGAACCUUCAAUCAUCUGCUCGUACCUGGGGGACCUGGAGAAGGAGAGAAAUCUACGGGAAGCAAUGAACGCUCAGAAGAAUGCAGAGAGGGCCGCUGUGAGAGGUCACUUCAGGAGGAAAUAUCAGCUGUCUGAGAGCCCCAAGGACGCACACCACCUGAAAUCUGUUGGAGGAAAAGUGUCGCUCCCACGCAAGCUGUCGAAGAUCAUUCACCCUGAAACCAAAACUAAGGACGACGGCUUUAACCUGCUGAGCGCCUUUCAAGGCCUCAGCUUUGGCACCGGGGAGCUCAAAGGAAGGAAUCGCAGCAAGACGUCCACUCCUGCAUCGGCAACUUGUAAAGUCAUGUGAUCAAUAUGUGAUCAAUAUGUGAUCAAAGGGAUCGGUACAGGUUGCAGGGCAACAGCCGGGGACCCUCAUGCAUGAUGGCUGCUCACACACUAACUGGGCCUCAACAUCUUACGGAUACAUCUGUCAAUCAGACGCUGCUUUGGUCCUUCAUGUAGCAAUAAUAAUAACACGCCAGAUAGUUUCACUAAAUAUACAUUGUAAUGAUCAAACCUGCAAAUAUAAUGCAUUCCCUGAUAAUAAUCUGAUGAGUACACCUGUCAGUGGAAGUUACCUCACAAGUGGUGUUAUAUGGGGUUUAACUUGUGAUUCAAGAAUCGUAGUAAUAGUUAGAAUAAUAGCUCAAGUUCUUAUCUUACUGUGGUGUUAUAUUAUGGGGUCAAUAGGUUGAGUGGAAGGAUUGAUCAUGAGCCCCAUUUUGUAAUCACAGUCCUUUGUUCAUGACAUUAUGUAUUAUGUAAUCUAGGAGCUACAGUAUCUGGUUUAGUUGUACUGCCACUUCUCUCUAAAUGACAUAGAUCCAAGUGAUCUAUUCACAAGUAAGGAACCUCAGCAAAACACCUUCACUUUUCAUCAUAUUCUAUAUUCUACGUCUAUGUUUAUUCUUAUGCACCUUUCAGUGAAAUUCCUCGUAUGUUCAAUUUACCUGGAAAUAAACACUUCUGAUUCUGAUCACACAU